AUGUUGGGAGGAGUUAGUAAAGAGAAGUACGAGGAGUUGAAAAUAAUGUUGAACAAGAAGGAUGAGGAGCUGGAGAAGGUAACUACUGAAAUGGAAAACGAGAUGCGAAAAUUGAGGGAGGAAAAGGACCAUGAAGAGCUACAAAAGCUAAGAGAAAAGAUGGAAGAGACGAUUGGAAAGAAAGACAAUGAGCUGCAAAAGAUGAAAAAGCAAAAGGAUGAGGAGAUGCGGCUGAAACCAACGACCAAAUGGGUGAGCAGAGAGAAAUAUGAGGAGGUGAAAAGGAUCGUGAGAGAGCAGGAUGAGGAGUUAGAGAAGCUGCGGAAGGAGAUGGAAGAAGAGCUACAAAAAUUGAGGGAUGAAAAGGAAUGGGAGAUACAAAAGCUAAAAGACGAGAUGUAUGAUGCAUGCUUUUGUCCCUUGGUGGCACGCUGUGAGCGCCUUAACUGGGGAACCUCCCCUGGCGCCUCUAAGUGGGAAUCAAGAGUGGUGUUCUCGGCCUCCUCCUCAAGCAAAAGAUCAAGAUUAUGUGAGGACCCUCCUUCCAUGGAGGAAGCAAAAGGGCCAGCCGCAGACGUCUCCAGGUGGGCGGAUGAGCUGGACGAAGACAAGGAAGUGGAUGGGCUGGCCGAGGAGAGUGGGUCGUCGAGAUGGAGGGAGGCCGUGUCAGGAGGAUCGGAAGGCCCAGUCGGAGAAACAGCCUCUGGGAAUGAAGGC